AUGGAUAUUGAAAAUAAUGAAAAUGAUGAAAAUGCUGAAUAUUAUAACCAAGAUGAUGAAUUAGAUAACCAAUUAACCCAGACAUCUGAUGGAAAUAUAUCUACUAAUUCAAACAAGAACACAAGAAAACUAUCGCCUUUGUGGCAAUAUUUUAGCUUUGAUCCUAACUAUUCUGAUAUUUCUAUUUGCGAUAAAUAUAGUCAAAAGUUUUCAUCUAAGAGUAGUAAUUCUAGUUUAGAAAGCAAAUAUAGAAAAGCAAUUAAUGAUGUCUUUGUAGAAUUCAAUCUAGUAAAUAAAAUAUUAGCACUUAUCACUGAUAAUGAGUCGACAAUAUUGGUCUGUAGAUCUGCAUAUUAUAGACUAGAAAUUGUUGAUCAAUAUAUUAUAAAUAUUCGUAUAUUAAUGUCAAAGAUCAAAGGAUCAAUAAUCUUAUAUGAUGAAUUAAAGGAGCUAUGUAAUGUGCAAAAAUUAGAUUAUCUAAAACCAGAAUUAGAUAUUGUGACUAGGUGA